UGGACUUUCUCGACCUGCCACGUGUUCACAAUCUUUCUCUAUCCGACAGAUUCAACCUUAAAGAACCAAAAGACAAGAUUUUCCGACAAGAUUUGAUCGUCCGAAAGGAACUUACAUCUCAGGUGAAAUUACAAGAACGAUGGACAAAUUGAAGAUAGCUGAAUGGGGAGAGAAGCUGAAGACGGGAGGAGCUCAGAUGAGCAGGAUGGUGAGCGAGAAAGUCAAAGACAUCCUCCAAGCUCCCACCUUGGAAUCCAAAAUGGUUGAUGAAGCUACUCUCGAGACUCUCGAGGAGCCUAAUUGGGGAAUGAACAUGAGGAUAUGCGCUCAGAUCAACAACCAGGAGUUCAACGCCACGGAGAUCGUCAGAGCCAUCAAGAGGAAGAUCUCUGAUAAAAGCCCCGUGAGCCAGAGGCUGAGCCUUGAGCUUCUCGAGGCUUGUGCUAUGAACUGUGACAAGAUCUUCUCUGAAGUUGCUUCUGAGGGAGUUCUUGAUGAGAUGGUUUGGUUGGUUAAGAACGGAGAGGGUGGGGCCGAGAAUAGGAGCAGGGCUUUUCAGCUUAUUAGAGCUUGGGGACGGUCAAAAGAUCUUGCUUAUCUUCCUGUUUUCAAGCAGACUUAUAUGAGUUUGGAGGGAGAGAAUGGUUUAAUGGCUCGUAACGAGGAGAAUCCAGUGGGGGGACAAAGUUCUCUGGAGUCUCUUAUGCAACGGCCUGUUCCAGUUCCUCCACCUGGUAGCUAUCCGGUUCCUAAUCAAGUACAGGCUCGUGGAGACGAUGGUGGUAGUUUUGACUAUAACUUUGGGAACUUAUCAAUCAAGGAUAAGAAAGAACAGAUUGAGAUUACAAGGAACAGCCUUGAGUUGCUCUCUAGUAUGUUGAACACUGAUGGGAAGCCGAAUCAUACAGAGGACGAGUUAACGGUAAGCCUGAUGGAGAAAUGCAAGCAGUCACAGCCGUUGAUUCAAAUGAUCAUAGAGAGCACAACAGACGAUGAGAGUGUUCUUUUUGAGGCUCUGCAUCUGAACGAUGAGCUUCAACGCGUUCUAUCUAUUUACGAGAAGACUGAUGAAACUGAGAAGAAAGCGUCCAUGGUGGAACAAGAAUCAUCGGGUCCAAAACCAACAGAAGAAGAACAGCUUGUGAAACAAAAGGAUGAACAUCCAGGUGAAACACCAGGAUCCUCCAACAAGACUGGUAAAGAAGAUAAGCAGCAGGUGAAAAUAGAACUCGGGUUAUCCAGUGAUGAAGAUGAGAAAUGAGCAAGUCUAAUACGACAUGGUUAUCAGAACGUUGGGGGAAAGUUUCUUGUUCUUUUGAUGUUUUCUUUUGAAAUGUACUUUCAACCAUACAUUUGUGGAACCUUUGUUAGCUUCAUUUUCCUUUUUAUUGACAUCACAACACCGUAGGUGAAUCUUCACCCGACACCCUAUGUAUUUCUCAUACAUGUUUGGUAUAUUUAUACGAGGUGUUUUGGUUAGA